AACAUGUCUGUGCCAGCCUCCAAGAGUGUGGGAGGGGAAGAGCGGUCCUGGAGGGUGGCCCCCAGCCCCCAGCCCCUCACCCACAUACCAAAGACCUUUCCUUCCACUAUGCCCCCAGGCAUGGCUUUUGCCCUCCUGACCUCUGUGCCCCCAGUGUUCGGACUCUACACUUCUUUCUUUCCCGUCCUCAUCUACACCUUGUUGGGUACUGGGAGACACCUGUCUACUGGAACUUUCGCUGUCCUCAGCCUCAUGACCGGCUCGGCCGUGGAGCGGCUGGUGCCCGAACCCCUCUCGGGGAACCUGAGCGGAAUUGAGAGGGAACAGUUGGAUGCUCAGCGGGUUGGUGCGGCUGCGGCAGUGGCCUUCGGGAGCGGGGCCCUGAUGCUGGGGAUGUUUGCCCUGCAGCUGGGCGUCCUGGCCACCUUCUUGUCGGAGCCUGUAGUCAAAGCGCUGACCAGCGGGGCCGCCCUGCACGUGCUGGUGUCCCAGCUGCCUAGCCUUUUGGGGGUGCCCCUCCCACGUCAGAUUGGCUGCUUCGCUCUUUUCAAGACGUUGGCUGCUGUGUUGACGGCGCUGCCCAGGAGCAGUCCCGCAGAACUGACCAUCUCGGCACUCAGCCUGGCGCUGCUCGUGCCGAUCAAGGAACUGAACGUGAGAUUCAGAGACAGGCUACCCACCCCCAUCCCGGGGGAAAUCGCCAUGGUGCUUCUGGCCUCUGUGCUCUGUUUCACCUCUUCCCUGGACACAAGAUACAAUGUCCAGAUAGUUGGGUUGCUGCCCGGAGGAUUUCCCCAACCUCUCCUCCCCAGCCUGGCUGAGCUGCCCAGGAUUCUGGCCGACUCAUUGCCCAUGGCGCUGGUUACCUUUGCAGUGUCUGCCUCCCUGGCCUCCAUCUAUGCAGACAAGUACAGCUACACUAUUGACUCCAACCAGGAGCUCCUGGCACAUGGUGUCUCCAACCUCGUCUCCUCCCUCUUCUCUUGCUUUCCCAACUCUGCCACGUUGGCUACGACCAGCCUACUAGUGGAUGCUGGAGGGAACACACAGCUGGCAGGCCUCUUCUCCUGCAUGGUUGUCCUGUCUGUGCUACUGUGGCUGGGGCCCCUCUUCUACUAUCUGCCCAAGGCUGUCUUGGCCUGCAUCAACAUCUCCAGCAUGCGCCAGAUGUUCUUCCAGAUGCGAGAACUCCCUCAGCUAUGGCGCAUCAGCCGCGUGGACUUUGCUGUGUGGACGGUCACAUGGGUGGCUGUCGUGACCCUGAGUGUGGACCUGGGCCUGGCCGUAGGUGUGGUCUUCUCCAUGAUGACUGUGGUCUGCCGCACCCAAAGGGUACAGUGCCUGGCACUUGGACUGGCUGAGGGGACAGAGCUCUACCGGCCACUCAGAAAGAGCCACAAGCUCCUCCAGGUCCCGGGGCUCUGCAUCCUAAGCUAUCCAGCACCGCUUUACUUUGGGACCCGAGGGCAGUUUCGCCGCAUCCUGGAGUGGCAUCUGGGGCUUGGAGAAGGAAGCAAGGAGGCUCCAAAGACAGAUGGCCCACCUGAUGCAGCUGCCGAGCCUGUCAGGGUGGUGGUCCUAGACUGCAGCGGUGUCACCUUUGCAGAUGCUGCAGGGGCCAGAGAAGUGGUUCAGCUGGCCAGUCGAUGCCGAGACGCUGGGAUCCACCUUCUCCUGGCUCAGUGUAAUGCCUCGGUGCUGGGGACGCUGACCCAGGCAGGACUCCUGGACAGAGUGACCCCAGAGCAGCUGUUUGUGAGUGUCCAGGACGCAGCUGCGCAUGCCCUGGAGAGGCUGGUGAGGCGGCAGCAGUGGCGGGAGUGGAGGCUGGGGGGCUCUGGCCCAUGGCGGGGGGAGGUGUGAGCCAGUGACUGAGACCCUGGCAGAGGGGUUUUCCAAGGGGGCUUAGGAGGAAGAUGCAGGAAAGGGAUGGGGAUGAAAUGAUUAGUCAAUAUAAGACUAAGCCGGAGAGACUGGGCCCAGCUGUGGGUGAAGAACUGAGGAACUAAAGUUCCAAAGCAGGCAGUGUGCCCCUGAGAGGACUGCCAAAUCCUGGGUGAGGGAGGGGAGCACCCAAUCUACUUCUGACAUGUCCCUUCCCUGUUCCAGGAGCUCAGUGGUCCAAAGACUUGCACAGUGUGGGUCUGACCCAGUCAUUUGGUGUGUGGAGGGCCCCAACGAGACAUGUGUGAGGCGGGCCAUGGCCCCUGAGUCCCCUGACUUCAUGUAACUAAUAAAAUGAAGCUGAGAGCCUCUGGGGUCCAUGAAAUGAGUCUGGGUGUCUGCACAUGGACCCUCGGUGCCCCUUCCUCCACUCCCAAAGCACUGCAAAGACACAACUAAAAACGGCUUUCCCCUGUAUGUUCACCAGCCCCCAUUCCAACUCCAUUCUCUCCAUGGGGGUGAGGCUGCAGCCACUGCACAGAGUCCUGGAUCCAGAGAUAGGGGCACAGCCCUGGGACUAUAUACUGGGGGCUUCCCCAACCCCUUAGUACCAAGGAGAUGAGAGAAGAGUAUUUCUGCUUUAGGUUUCUAGAGUCCCCCUGUGGGCUCUUUGGCACUUGAAAAGCAACCCCCCACUUCCUGCCCUAGGGGAAGGGGUUGGGGGGAGGACUUGGCACUGGCUGUGGGACAAGUUAUGGCUCCAUCAUGCCCCUGGGCACUUGCAGAAAGGAGGAGUGACACCAGGACAAGCCCCUGUUUGGGAUCAAGUUCUGAAGGAGACUGGGACAGUCAGUGGAGUGGUCACUGGCUGGUGGGGUUUGCUAGGAAUUCCUGGCAGGGACAAGGAGGCAGGCCCAGUCUGACAACUGAAAGGCCCCAAGUGGCCAUCACUCUGAGGUCAUGCACUGGAGCCGGUGUUUGAAGAAGAGCAGACGAUGUUUGGCCACCUGACUCUCGUCCAGUGAUCCCGGGUAACGGUACCGAGCAUAAGUCUCUGCCUUCGCAUCCCUUGAGGUCCAAGGCAACUUCAACUUGGAUGCGUGAUCCACAACGACAUCUGAGCAGGAGCCCACUUGAAGAGAACCAAGUCCAUCCAGGAAGAAUUCUGGGGGCAGAGGGAAGGGGAGUACACAAUGAAGGGUCUUGAGGAUUCAGAGGCACCGCUGCCCCUAAAGGAGAACUGAGAUUUGGGAUAUGGUGGGUGCAUAUGCAAAGACUCCAUCUCUAAGGACCUUAGGCAUGUAAAUCAACCCUUUGAGUCUUGUAUAAAAUGUGUCAAUAUCCUUA